AUGGACAGCCCACGGCUCACGGAAACACAGCAGAAACGUAAGAGGGCGAGUCGUAAGAACACGCCCAAGCGAUUCAAAUGCUCUUAUGAAGGAUGCACUAAGAUCUACUCUCGACAUGAGCACUUGCAACGCCACCAGUUGAACCACCAGCCCAAGGAAGUGUUUCGAUGCCAAGCUGAAGGCUGUGAUCAGACAUUUGUGCGUCUCGAUCUAUGCAUGAGGCACCAGGCAAGACAUGGCGAGCUUUCGACUGUAGCAGAACAGGAUGCUGGCACUACUGUGUUGGCAGAAGGACAUACCGAUCUGCGGGAACUGGGUCGAGGACGUGAUCCUUAUAACCUCCAAGAUGCCGAAGCGAACCAACAACCUACUAGACUUGAGAUUGAUGCCGCAGAUGCGCAUCAAGAUGUGCCGCUGCAGACGGAAGGACAGGUUCCUGACUGGAUACAGACUGGAAUGCUAGAGGACCAUUCUGAUUUUCUGUCGACCUCGCCUCAACAAGGCAACGAGAACUUUGCGUCUUGGCUUUUCGACAGCCCGGGUUCUCAGCAGCAGAAUUUCGAUCCUUCAAACUUCUUACCUUAUGUCAAUUUUGGUCUUGAUUACUGCUCUCCUAUCAACGACCUCUGGCAGUUUGACGUCAACCAGAGUGCAAUCACUGCUCCCGCGCGCAACGCACUGGCCGUAUCGCCCGUGGCCGAUCUAUCUCGUGGAAGGUCCCAUGGUCACAGCCACGCCCAAUGUUCCGCCGAGUUGCGAUCCAGAGUCGUCUUCAGCAUUAUUUCGUUUCUCGGCAAGAAACGCCCACCCGUAAUGCAGAGUAUUCUCGAAGAAGAUGCUCUGUUGUUCAGUCCAGAUGGACGAGAUCUACCUAACGUGACAAAUACUGUCUUGGAGGACUGCUUAGCUAGCUUCUGGAAGCAUGUGGCUAUCCAGAUGCCCAUUCUCCAUUAUCAGACUUUCUCGAACGACGACUGUCCAUUGCUUCUCACCUUGGCAAUAACGAUGUUGGGGGCGGGUCAGAUGGUCCGUUCACAUCCGGUAGGAGCACAAGACGAUUAUAGAAUCCUUGCAGACCUCAUAGCGAUCAAUCUUAGAUGGGACAUACUUCCGGAAGCCGAGCCUCCGAUCACGUUAUGGGUAGCGCAGACACUUUUGUUGCUGGAGUUCUAUGAGAAGAUGUUCUCCACCCGUCGACUACACGAGCGCGCGUACAUUCACCACGCUUCGACUCUAGCUUUGUUACGGCGUGGUAGCCCUAUGGUUGGUCAUGCAGAGGACGAGGAACCCCCGACUCGAUGUCCAUCUCCAGGGCCUAACGCCCACCAGACAAAUGGUGCCUCUAAACAAUUGGGCUGGUGGCGGCGCUGGGCAAGGAAUGAGUCCUGGCAUCGUGUAGUCUUUGCCGCAUUACAGAUGGAUACACUACAUGCUGUAGCCUUCGGACAUGAAAGUUCGCUUUUGCCUUACGAGCUACGGCUUCCAUUGCCAUGUGACGAUUCUCUCUGGUCUGCCUCAAGUCCCGAGGACGUCUGGCGGCUAGAAGAGACGUUUGCAAUGCACGGCAUUAACCAGCAACCUUUCCUAGACAGCUUGAAAAGAUGCUUACAUGGUUAUGAAGUACAAUCGAACCAUGGUGCCCGGAUGAUUCUUGGAUCUGGCCUCCUUAGUGUUGGUUGGCAUAUCAAACGCCGUGAGAGAAACCAGCAGUUCUUGGAGACAAUACCUACUGCCCAGGAGUCGGAGCGGUGGAGGAUCUUGCUCCUCAAUGCAUACAGUCAUUGGUGCCAAAGCUUCCAAAGGGCGCUUGAAAAGUCAAGAGCACACAGUCGAAAACGCGAUAAGGUCAGGGACGUGGUGUUUAAUCCGACUAUUAUUCUCCGGCUAGGAUAUCUCACGACACACAUUGACAUCUUGGAUGCACAGGUCUUCGCAGGUACCAAACGUUUACUUGGUCGCAAGAUCACCGAUAAGGACUACGUUGGCUGUUCAACGAGGAUGCGCAACUGGGCAUUGAGCUCCUCAGCCAGACUUGCCGUUGCCCAUGCUUUCGACUUCCUCAACGAGUCCCUCCUCGAGACGAGCUCAGCUACAGGGCAAUUGUCGGAUACGACCGUGACAAUCAGAUACACAUGUCGUUCUGACGCGUCCAUCUAUCGACCUUGGGUCCUAUAUCUUGCAGCGCUGUCAAUAUGGUCGUAUCAAUUCGCCAUAAAAGUGAGAGUACCUUCCAGCCUCUCACAGAGACCACCAAUGCCGAAUGACACAUUGACACAGAACAUUGCUUUCCAAUAUAUAAAAAGCUGCGUUGGAUCUGGCAUUGACACUCUGCCGAGCCAAGUGUCUGCUCAGGGAUGUGCUGCGCUGUGCCAAUCCCUAUCUCAGGACUUUGCCAAUGCCGAGUGGGAGCUGUUGCUAGAAGCAUCGAGGGUACUCGACUCGUGUGCAACCAUGAUCCUGGAUGGCUAG